AUGAUGUCGGCAACUUGGAUGACGUUUUUAGGACCGAACGAAGUUAUUGUUCGUGGUUUUCUGAUUUUCGCUGUUCUGGGUCUGAUGAAGCCAAACAAUGAUAACGAUUCUAGUAAAACGAAAAGAGAUGAAGUGCAGUCGGCAACCACCCAAUUGUUGGCCUUCACCACUAUGGCUUCACUUGUUCUCGGUGUAUUCUCAUCGGUGCUAAUGGGAGUGAUAUCCGAUCGAUACGGACGAUCAGUGACGAUUGCGUUGGUUCUUCUUGGUCAAGCACUUCGAUUCGGCACAAUUGCUUUCAUGGUUCUGUUUGAUCUGUCUGUGACAAUCGCAUUGUUCGUGGCUGCCAUCUGUUCCGGUUUGGUUGGCGGUGGAUGGAUCGCUUUACUAGUUCAGAUCAGUGUCGUGUUCACGGACAUCACACGAAUUGUGGAUCGCGAUGCAGAUUGUUCUAAUCCGCUUGUAAACGAU